AUGACCAAGACAGAUGAGCAAAUGGACGAAGUUGCUGCACAUGCUCGAAUUAUUAGAAUUAAUGCGCGAAAUGUGGGAGGGGACAUCAUUCGCUAUCGCCGAAGCCUAGCUGAAACCGAUGCCUUUCUAGGGAAGAUUGAGAAUCGUGGUUUUGCCUUCCUACCUUUGGCUAGAGAGAAGAAGAACCCUGGAAUUUGGAAUGAAAAGUGCGAAGAGGCUUUUGAGAAAAUCAAGCAGUACUUGUUGAGUCCACCCCUGCUUGUUCCUCCUGUACCAGAAAGGCCAUUGAUAUUGUACCUAACAGUAACAGAAACAACAAUGGGAUGUGUGCUUGGGCAACACGAUGAAACCGGAAGGAAGGAAAUGGCCAUUUAUUACCUGAGCAAGAAGUUCACGGAGUGUGAGUCUAGAUAUACGGUGAUUGAGAAGCUGUGUUGCGCACUGACCUGGGCUGCAAAGAGAUUACGUCAGUAUAUGUUGUAUCACACUACAUGGUUAAUUUCCAAAUUAGACCCAUUGAGGUACAUUUGUGAAAAACCCAAUUUAUCGAGCCGAAUUGCAAGAUGGCAAGUUCUAUUGGCUGAGUAUGAUAUAGUAUAUAUGACAAGGAAAGCCGUAAAAGGGAGUAUUAUUGCCAAUCGCCUGGCUGACCAUGCUAUGGAAGAUUAUGAAUCAUUAGACUUUGAAUUUCCCGACGAAGAUAUGCUUGCAAUCGAGGAAGAGAAAUCAAAUUGGUGGAUUAUGUACUUUGAUGGUGCUGUAAAUGUAUGUGGUAACGGAGCGGGUGCGGUGAUAAUCUCUCCUGAUAAGAAGCAGUAUCCGGAAGAGAAGUUAAGGCCUUACCAAGAAUACCUGUCUAAAUUGGCUGGAGAAUUUGAGGAAAUAGAGUUCACCCAUCUAGGAAGGGAAGGAAACCAGUUUGCAGAUGCUUUGGCUACACUAGCAUCUAUGGCCAAAAUAGACUUUGGGCACAAGGUACAACCAGUACACAUCAAUAUCAGAAAUAACCCAGCUCAUUGUUGCUCAGUCGAAAGAGAAGUGGAUGGAAACCCUUGGUACUAUGAUGUCAAGAGUUUCAUCCAAAACCAGGCAUAUCCCAUGGGGGCAUCCAAAAUCGACAAGAAGACCUUGAGGAGGUUGGCAAAGAGUGCGUUACGAGAAGUCCAUGAAGGGAUUUGCUCAACCCAUGCUAAUGGACACGUGAUGGCUAGGAAGAUACAAAGAGCCGGUUACUUCUGGAUGACAUUAGAAAAGGAUUGCAUCGACUAUGUCCGAAAAUGUCAUAAAUGCCAAGUAUACAGUGACAAAAUCAACGCCCCUCCAACUCCUCUAUUUAACUUGACAUCUCCGUGGCCCUUCGCGAUGUGGGGAAUUGAUGUGAUCGGACCUGUAAACCCAAAAGCCAGCAAUGGUCACAGGUUUAUUCUUGUGGCUAUCGACUACUUUACAAAAUGGGUAGAAGCCGGGUCAUUUGCUCAUGUGACGCAAAAAGUAGUGAAGAAAUUUAUUGAGAGAGAUCUGAUUUGUCGAUAUGGUCCACCAGAAAAGAUUAUAACUGAUAAUGCCCAGAAUUUCAAUGUCCGAACCUCAACAGGAGCCACCCCGUACACGUUGGUAUAUGGAAUGGAGGCGGUUAUGCCUUUAGAAGUGGAAAUCCCCUCAUUGAGAGUACUGGUAGACUCUGAGCUGGAAGAGGUAGAAUGGGCAAAAGUUAGAUAUGAACAGCUGAAUCUGAUCAGUGAAAAAAGGAUAGCCGCAAUCUGUCAUCAUCAACUUUACCAAAGAAGGAUGGCCAAAUCAUAUGACAAAAAGGUUCGACCUCGAGGAUUUCACAAAGGAGAUCUGGUACUGAAGAAAAUAUUGCCUUUACCAGGGGAAGAUCAGAGUAAAUGGGCGCCGAACUAUGAGGGCCCUUACGUGGUGAAGAAAGCAUUAUCGGGAGGAGCUUUGCUGUUAUCUAGAAUGGAUGGAGAAGAUUUAGUUAGGCCAGUGAAUUCUGACGCUAUCGGUGUUUCAUCACCAUUUCUCAGCCAGCAACAGGGGACAGCCCCCUCUAGCCAAACCGGGGCAGCCCUCUCCCUUUCCUCUCAUUCUCUGCCAGCAGCCCCAACACUGUCCCCUCUCCCUCUCAUCAACACAAAGCCAGCGGCAGAACUUCAGCAGCCCCAGAAACGCCUCCCGCGGCCUCCUCAGCAGCGACAGCCUCCACAGGAGCUCCUCCGCCUUCCAGCUUCUUCACCGGCCAACAACUCUCCUUCUUCCUCCGCCGCAGCACCGCCAGCGAAGCAGCCAGCAGCACCACCGUCAGAACCACCGGGAGACCUCGUCGGCUGCCUCUCCACCGCCACCAGCAUCACAGGGAUUGUUCGCCAUCGUCUGCAACAUCGUUGCUGCCACCAGGUUUGUCUCUUUCUCGUCGCUGUGCAUGCAUCAUUUCCUUGCAUUUCACUGUUCAAGUGA